AUGCCAAGCCCUCCGUCGCAGAUGCUCCAGCAGUUGCGGCUGUCUGAACAAAAGGAGGACCUGUCACAGCGAAAGAAGUCGGAUCACCAUGGCCACAAAUCAACCAUGGGGCGUCGUGCUGUACUGACGGGAGCCGUCGUAAAGGCCCUACCCAUGAGUCUAAGGUUGGCCGAACAGUGGUACGAGCUAGGAAGGGAAGUCCUGAGCAUCUGCUGA